GCCGAGAGCUUGCAAUUUACAUUUUGCGUCCUUGACUUCGUUAAAAUAUCAGCCCCUUUUUGGCUGGGUCUAAAGCCUUAAGAGAACCCUGCCUCCCUGCGAGAACUUAGCUAGAUUCCUCCUGUUCUAAAUUAAUAAAAUUAAAAUUUAAUCAUUUUCCAUGGAAUUGGUUUGUGCAAGUUGUCAAGCUUGUUGUUUCUUUCCAGUGAGAUUAAAAUCUUCAAAAGUUACUAGUUCUGGGUCGUCUUCAGCUUUGGCUUUUUUCUCUAAAAAUUGGAAUUCAUCUCGGUUUCAUUGUUUAUCUUCAAAGUUCUCAAGUCGUCCUUCAUUGGGUGUUAAUCGGGUGAGGCUGCAUCGAUUUUCUCUUGCUGCCAUUGUUGUUGAUAAAACUGCAGUGCCAAAUGAUUGUGAUGAGCAGGUUUCAGGUCCGGAUUCUUCUGAUUCCUCACCUAUUAUUGGUGAGAUCAAUAAAGAUAGGAAAAUUGUGGAUGAAAAAGGUAGUCUUGAGGGCUUGGAUGAUUGUAAAAUGAUCAGAGUUUGUGACAAUUUAAUUGAGGUUUUCAUGGUGGACAAGCCCACGCCGACUGAUUGGAGAAGAUUAUUCGCUUUCAGUAAGGAAUGGAGCAGCAUCCGGCCUUAUUUCUUUAAACGUUCUCAGAAUCGAGCUGAUGUUGAAAGUGAUCCUGGAAUGAAGCAUAAGCUUCUCCGACUUGGAAGGAAAUUGAAAGAGAUCGAUGAAGAUGUGCAAAGACACAAUGAACUUCUUGAAGCAAUCAAGGGUGCACCAUCAGAGAUUAGUGAAAUUGUUGCUAGACGUCGUAAAGAUUUUACAAAAGAAUUCUUUGUGCAUUUUUACACUGUAGCAGAAUCAUAUUAUAACAAUCCAACUGAGCAAAAUGCUCUGGUAAAGCUUGGGGAUACAUGCUUGGCUGCUGUACAAGCUUAUGAUACUGCAGCUGAAAGCACUGAAGCAAUUAAUGCAGCAGAGUUGAAACUCCAAGAUAUCAUGAAUUCUCCUUCUCUAGAUGUUGCUUGCCGGAAGAUAGACAGUUUGGCUAAGAAAAAUCAACUUGAUUCAGCAUUGGUGCUAAUGAUCACUAAAGCUUGGUCAGCUGCCAAGGAAUGUAGCAUGACGAAGGAUGAGGUAAAAGACAUCAUGUACCACUUGUAUAUGACUACGGUAGCUAGUCUACAGAGACUCUUGCCAAAAGAGAUUAGGAUUGUGAAGCAUCUUAUUACAAUUGAGGAUCCUGAGGAGCGAUUAUGUGCCUUAAAUGAUGCAUUUACACCAGGAGAAGAAUUUGAAGGGAAGGAUCUGGACUACCUCUACACGUAUGUGACUCCAGAGAAGCUCCAUACCUUGAUGAGAACUUUGGUGGAUGCUUAUAACUUAAGCCCGAAAGGCACUCUCUUAAGGGAAGCUAGAGAUUUGAUGAAUCCAAAGAUAAUUGUAAAGCUAGAGGAGUUGAUAAAGAUUGUGGAGAAAAAUUUCAUGUGACAUGGAGCUUCACAUAUACUUCUUGGUCCAAAGAUGAUAAUCUUUGAGCCUGACUUGCUUGAGAAUCUGUAUCUGAGUGGCGACUCUUAAGUCCAGGGGUUUGCUUUUCUGCAAGAUAGCAUAUAUUAGUGGCAACUCUAAAAUUUUUAUUAUAUUAUUAAAACUUGUUAGUCAGAUUCUGUAAGAAUUACUGGUAAUCAUCUCAUUCAUUACAUGAUACAAACUCUUGCGAAUCUAAA